UCAAUAUUUUUCCAAGCUCAAUUAAUAUGUCUACCAUUGUUUUCCCCGACCACCAUUCAGCUGUUGCAGAUGCUGAAACUCUUAAGAAGGCUUUUCAUGGAUGGGGAACGGAUGAGAAGGCGGUGAUUGGAGUAUUAGGAAGGAGAAAUGCAUUGCAAAGGAAACUCAUAAGGCAAGCCUACGAGGAAUUGUACCAGGAAGAUCUUGUCAAGCGCCUUGAAUCUGAGCUCGCCGGAGACUUUGAGAAAGCUAUGUAUCGAUGGAUUCUUGACCCAGAAGACCGCGAAGCAGUUCUCUUGAACGUCGCUAUCAAGAAAAAACCGGUGGUCGAUUAUCGCACUAUCAUCGAAAUCUCAAGCAUUUCUUCGCCCGAUGAGCUUCUAGCUAUAAAGCGUGCCUACCAAAAGCGGUACAACCACUCCGUGGAAGAGGAUUUGGCUCAACACGCAUCAGGAGACCUGCGCAAGCUGCUGAUUGGAGUUGUGGGCACAUACAGGUACAAUGGCGAAGUUGAGCUGUGA